UAGCAAUCGGCAGGCACAGGCCAGUUUGAAUAUUGCGGUCGCUUAGGCAUCGGCAGCGGUACAGCUCCGCUGGUUUUUACGUAGUCUUUGACCCCGCGCAGCCGUAAGCGAGGAAAACGCGCAGCCAAGACGAUUUUCAAGCGCUUCCUGACCAUGUCGGCCGUCGCUGCCUCAAAGCCGCCGGCGCGCGGCACCUUUGUGGUGUUCGAGGGCGUUGAUAGGGCCGGCAAGAGCACGCAGUGCAAGCUCCUCGCCGAGGGGUUGCGGAAGCGGGGCCGCGAGGCGACGCUCAUCAACUUCCCGGACCGGACGACGGGCGUCGGCCAGCUCAUCGACAAGUACCUGCGGAAGGAGGUCGAGCUCGACGAUAGAGCUGUGCACCUCAUGUUCUCGGCGAACCGCUGGGAGGCGGCGCAAUCGAUCAAGGACCUGCUGGAGAGCGGCGUCGACGUGGUCUGCGACCGCUACGCGUUCUCGGGCGUCGCCUUCUCCGCGGCGAAAGAGUCGAUCGACGAUUUGGACUGGUGCAAGGCGCCGGACGCGGGCCUCCCGGCGCCGGACGUCGUCGUGUUCCUCGAGAUCCCGCCGGAGAAGGCCGAGGCGAGGUCGGGCUUCGGCAACGAGCGCUACGAGGUCUCGGACAUGCAGGUCCGCGUCGCGGCGAACUUUGGCAAACUCGUGACGCCGUGCUGGCGCAAGAUCGACGCCGCGCGGCCCAUCGACGAGGUCCGCGCCGACGUCGAGCGCUGCGUCCUCGCCGCCGCGGAGGUCGCCUGUUCUUCGCCGGUCAAGACGCUCUGGGAGGACUAGUGCCGUCGCCCCGCCUUAAGAAUAUAACGAAUGA